UUUGGAACGCAGGUGUCUGUGACAUCAGCAGCAAAGCAGCAGAGGUGACACUUCCAGCAGUGCAAGUGGGCCCCAACUGUCACAGGCACCACUCCCAGUGCCAUGAUGGUCUUGUGGGCUUAUCUGGCCUUGUCUGUGUUCUUGGGCUGGGGCUGCAUAGCCGGCCCUCGGGGCACAAAGGCACAGCAGCUGGGAACACCACUCUCUGACCAGGAAUACCACCAGUUCUUCAAGUUCCUGCGGAUCACCAUUCAAGCCAGCGCUGCCUGCCACCUUCGUGAGCUGUACGGCUGCAAGAACUCACUGGUCCAGAGACUGGACGAGUAUGAAAACCACGGAGUCAUCCCUCCAGGGCCCAUAUGCUCCGAACUGCCAGGAAAUCCUUUCUUCCGCAACUUCUGCACCUUUUCUCUUUAUCGCUGUAUUACGAAAAACUAUUUCCUUAAGGUGAGUUGUUUAGCUAUUUCCUGAAGACUACGGUGUGCUCUGAGCAAAUAACAAGCAAAAGGGAGAGCCCUGAAAAUGCGUAAGUGGGAAAACAAAGGGCUAAAAGACAGGGAAGAUAGAAGAGAGCCAUCGGCAGCCCGCCUUCCAGGGGCACUCACACCAAGCUGAUUAGCUUACACAGAUGCCACCUGCAGCCACUUGCCAAAAAUGAGACUUUGCAGAAGGUAUUCUUCAAAAAAAUGAACCUUUGAGGACCACCUCAGCCCUCUUCUCCAGCUCUCAUUCCGAACCAAGUUGAGACAAUCUAGGUUUCUCCAGGAGAAAGGGGGAUUCAUGUAGGCUAGAAGAGGAGAGUAUAGAGGGCUGUGAGUCCCAAGAGAGAUUUAUGAGGAGACUUGACAAGGAAAGGAUAUGAAGGUUUAUUUUUCUUUCCUGGGCUCAUCUUAGUAGGAAUUGGGAAAAAUGAGACUGUGCAGUGAGAGCUAAACACACAGAACAGGGCUGUGCACAGGUGCCUGCUCCUAAGCCUCUCCAGAGGAAUGUUUUCUCCUUCACAGAGGACCAUGUGCCCAGGACACAGCAGAGCCAGGCAGCGCAGCAAAGCAGGCACCAGCACCACCACCACAAGCAGUGAUGCCAUGUCAUCCAGCAGCUUUGGUCCCCAGCCAGUCCCCACCACGUCUCCCACAUUUGGCUCCAGACCUGGCACAGGCACGGCUGUGAUCCCCACCUCCUUACCCACAAGCACACAACCAAAUCCUUCUGGCCCACAAGCCACAGAGGUGACAGCCAGUGGCCAGCAGCAAGGACAGCUGCCCAACAGUGACAUCGAGGAUCUCCUCCUGAGGAUACUAGACAGCCAGGUGCAGACUUCACUGCAGACAAUGAAGUUGCUGAUGUCCGUUGGGAAGAUUGUGAAGGAGGAAGAGUUGCGGAAAGCUGCCACGAGCCUGCUGGUGGCCCUGAACAACGCAAACGUGUCUUGGUCACCAGCCAACUGAUACAGUUCAACAGUGUGGUAAACACAGGGGAAAAGCCAUCGCUUCCAAGUGCAUGGGGAAACAGAGCCAUGGGAAAUGCUACUGCUCAGGAUUCAAAGAAAAAAGAUGGUAUCCUCUUGGAAGUAAAUGUAUUGAAAAGAUACCAUUCUCUCCUGUAAAAACUGUUUGCUCACCGUUGAUGGUGUUUGUUGUGUCAUUCAAGGGAUGUCAUGGGAGAAUAUUGGCUUUUCUUUAAUAAAUGUAGGUGCUCCUGCUCAAAAGCACUAAGAGAAGAACCUUCUUUGGAAAUAUGUGUGUGAAUAUACAUACACAGAUAUACAAGGGGUGCUCUACAAGUACAGGAAGGCCUUAUCCUGCAAGAGAACUGCUGGUCCAGCAUUCUCCUUGUACUGGGGUUUGCACACGGUUGACAUCUACUUCUGAAAUAUUGUUAUGAAACACACAGGAUAAAUAUUCAUAUUAAGAGCUUCCUCUUGUCUCUCGCAAAAAAUCUGAGAGUCUGAUUUAUAAGGAACUUUGACUAAAGUGCUGUUUCUUUUCUAAACACUGAACAUGCCUGUAAGUAAAACAGUGUGAAGCCAUCUGGAGUCUGCACUUGCUGCUAAAACCAGAGUGGGAACUCUCCAAGAAGCAGCUCUGGUUCUCUGAAUCUCCACUCAGAAGAUGUUGCUACCUCAAACUCAGUCUAAGCUCCAGUGGUUUUGGCUUUCCAAGAAGACCACCACUGAAGUGAGAAUGCCCUAUUCACCUUUCCUUCUACAGGCUUUCUUGUUAUCUGUUCCACCAAGGGCUAUGAGGAGAAAGGGGUCAAAGGCAGCUCUCUUGAUGAUGCACCACACCAAGCAACAUCCCUGUGGAGAGGGUCUGGGAUGCUGGUUCCCUUUAUACUGCUAAGUGACACAAACACAGCUGAGUGAAAUAUAGGCUCUGUGUCUAUCCACUGAAGGAAGUCCUUAGAAAGAAGAUCUCAAAAUCACAGGUCCUCCAUUGUCCUGGGAAGUGUAAUCUUUCCCAAGGCCAAAGGCAGGUCACACAUGGGAAACGUGCAAGCCCUGGAACAGUCCCUAGCAGGUGGGAUCCGUAACAGAGCACACGCUGCCCCGGCCUUACUCCGGCACACCAGCUCAUUCUUUUCUCCCUGGAAGGCGCCCAAAGCUGCCAGAUCCCUGCCUGAGGCACCACGGCUUGUGCCCCCAUCCAGCUGUCUGGACAAUGACAGCUUCCCCAGCUCCAGCAGCGGGGGUACUUCUGGCAGCAGCCUUUGCCCGCCUUCCCCACCCUCCGGGCUUGGCUGGCAGCCCGCGCGUUUGGGUGCCAGAUUUGGCAGCCGCGAGCCGAUCGCUGGAGAUAUCCCGCUCGGAUGGCUCCGGCCAGGCCCUGCACGAAGCGGCGGCCCCGUGCCGCGUUCCUGGACCAUCCUCCCGCCGGGCCUGCGGGGGCUGCGGGCCGGAAAAGCCGCUCCCGCACGGCCCCGCCUGGGGCCGGUCC